AUGGCUCAGAUUCUCCAGAUGGAGAUCCCCAACUUUGGUAACAGCAUCCUGGAGUGCCUGAACGAGCAGCGAUUGCAGGGCCUGUACUGUGACGUCUCGGUGGUGGUGAAGGGGCAUGCUUUCAAGGCACACCGGGCUGUGCUGGCGGCCAGCAGCUGCUACUUCCGGGACCUUUUCAACAACAGCAAGAGCACGGUGGUGGAGCUUCCUGCUGCUGUGCAGCCCCAGUCCUUCCAGCAGAUCCUCAGCUUCUGCUACACCGGCCGCCUCAGCAUGAACGUGGGCGACCAGUUCCUGCUAAUGUACACGGCUGGGUUCCUGCAGAUCCAGGAGAUCAUGGAGAAGGGGACUGAGUUCUUCUUGAAGGUCAGCUCGCCCAGCUGCGAUUCCCAAGGCUUGCACACCGAAGAGGCACCUUCCUCUGAGCCACAGAGCCCCGUGGCCCAGACCUCCACCUGGCCCUCCGGCAACACCCCCCUGCCCCUGGUCUCUCGCGUAAAGACGGAGCAGCAGGAGUCGGACUCUGUCCAGUGCACAUUUGUGGUUAAGCGGCUCUGGGAAAGCAGCCAGAAGGAAGGGGGAGGCGGAGGUGGAGGCGGCAGUAACGGCAGCCGCAAAAUGGCCAAGAUCUCCUCGCAGCAGGAGCUGAGCGGGGGUAACCGGCAGGCGCAGCAGCAGCAGCAGCAGCAACAGCAGUCUCAACAACAGGGGGCGCUAACGGGAGGCAGUGGAGGGGCAGGCGUGGUCAGUGGCCCCAGCACAUCAGACCAGACGAGCCCUGGUACCUCCAGUGCCUACACUAGCGACAGCCCCAGUUCCUACCACAAUGAGGAAGACGAGGAGGAGGACGCUCCUGAGGAGGGCUCUGACGAGCAGUACCGGCAGAUCUGCAACAUGUACACGAUGUACAGCAUGAUGAAUGUAGGCCAGACGGGUGAGUGGCAACGGCAGAUUGGUGACUGGACAACAUUCCUGUUCAGCUUCUUCCCUGCAGGAAGGGAAUUGGGUCAAGUAGCCCACCUGUGAUUUGGGGUUUUAAAAAAAAUCAUUGCAGAGAUGCAUUAUGGGGAAAGUUAUUGGAGGCUGGGGAAAGGAGUGCUUUUAAAUUGUGCGUUAAAACAUUUCGAUCUUACCCUUCUGGUGCAAAAGCGCCACUCAAAGUGACGCACAAAACCUUAAAAUCUGCAAUUCUGUUAAAACAGCAAUAUUAAAAAAUUGACAGAAGAAACUGGGCCAGCAGUUGAAACCAAAACAUAUAAAAGCCGUACAAUAGAAGUCUGCUGAAUUCAAGCAGUCUUCAACAACGGGGAAGCGGCAGUCUGAUAUCUCAGCUGGUUAGAGCAUGGUGCUGAUAAUACCAAGUUUGCCGUUUCGAUCCUUUUAUGGGACAACUGCAUAUUCCUGCAUUGUAGGGGGUUGGUAGGGUCCAUUUCAACUCUACAAAUCUGUGAUUCUAAGUGCCAACCACACUUCACAGGACAAGGCAUUCCAUAAGCUGGGUGCAGCCACUGAGCAGGCCUCCAUCUCUCAUCCCACUCAAAUGAAUUUUCACUAUCCACGGGAAUCUGUGGAGUUGGAUUGGCUCAGUCUGGGCCUCUUCACGUUUCACAGCAGAAGUAUGUACAUGAUAUUCAUCAUGUGUCCACUUCUGCCUGGUGAAAUGCGAGAUGAGGGCAUUGUCACCCACCCCUUCACACAAUACACGGCGGAAGUGCUGCAGUUGGGCUUGACACACCAUCUUGAUUCCGUGGGUGUUCUUGUGGUGUUAAAAAGUUGCUGCUUUCCAUACGUUAAGUAGUAGUGGAAAAUUGCUAAGUAUUUUAGAUGGCCUCUACUGUGUGAAGCACUCCCUGACAUAUUGAAAGCUGCCCCGGGGGCAGAGUAUCUGUAUUAAAGAGUCAAUUAAUUCUCUAUUUCUCACAGCCUUAGAAUCAAGCCUGGAUAUCCCUGCACCUUGGAGGUGUGGCUUGCAGGGAAGAGAGUGACCAGGGCUUUGAAACUGGACUCUAAAGAGGGAGCAAGCAAAGGUGGCCUGGGUUUUCUAGGGGUUAAUUCCUCGGGUGACUUUUACCUUGGGUUCCAACCAUCACUAUGGCCUUGUAUGUCCAUGUGGGAUAAGGCUGUCUUUGUGCCUUCUGAGUCUCUCUUUCCAGUCCAGUUUCCCAUGGCCAAAUACUCAAGGCUCUUGAGAUUUAGUCAGCAAAAAUGUGCACUGAAAAGAGCAGAUGUAGCAAGGAACUUAAUAAGAACUUAAGAGCUCUGAUGGAUGAGACCAAAGCCCAUCUAGUCAGUGCUCACACAAACCAACCAGAUGCCUAGGUGAAGUCUGCAAGUACAGCAAGAGGGCAGUAGCACUGUCCCGUUCAUGGUCCAUAGCAGGUAUCCCCAAACUCGGCCCUCCAGCUGUUUUGGGACUACAAUUCCCAUCAUCCUUGACCACUGGUCCUGUUAGCGAGGGAUGAUGGGAGUUGUAGUCCCAAAACAGCUGGAGGGCCAAGUUUGGGGAUACCUGGUCCACAGCAUACUGUCUCUCAUAUUAAACACAUAGCCAUUAUGACUAGUAGCCAUUUACAGUCUUAUCCUCCCACUAUUUUUUUUAAUCCUGUUAUGGUUAAGCUUCAUAGACCUAGAACUAUCAUACAUGCCUUAGUGACUCCUGGUCUAGACUACUGUAAUGCAUGCUACAUGGGUCAACUCUUGAAGACUGUUCAGAAGUUUUGGCAGAAUGCUGCUCAGUUGUAGACUCUUGAGCUGGCCUUCUUGUAUAACAUACUAAGAAUUUCAAAGAAUCACAGAAUCAUAGAGUUGGAAGGAACCACAAGGGUCAUCUAGUCCAACCCCCUGCAAUGCAGGAAUCUUUUGGCCAUUGUGAGGCUCAAACCCAUGACCCUGAGAUUAAGAGUCUCGUGCUCUACCGACUGAGCUAUCCUAGCAGUCACUGGCUGCUAAUUUAUUGCCUUAAACAGCCACAGUCCUGAUCACAGGGAACAUAUGAUCCAUCUACUGAGGAGGCCCUGCUGAAGUUUACAUCUUAUAUGAAGGACAGUUCAGCAUCCACAAGAAAUCUCUCUUUGAGUUCUAGUAUUCUAGAAUGCCUUCCCAUUGGCUGUGCCUUUAGCCUGCCCCCCUGCCAUCCUUUCAGAGGCAAUUUAGGACUUUUCUAAUCUUCAUUUGAUAGGUGACUUGUUACUUUUGAUCUACUCCAUUUGUGUGUUUGCUAGUUUAAAAUCAUUUAUGUUGUUUGUACACCAUUUUGAGAAAUGGUAUAUAAUCAAAUAAUAAUAGGAGGAGCAUUAGUAAAAAUGCAGUGUAAGCUGUAGUAUCAUUGUAGUUCAGACAUAAGCCUACUAUGUAGCCUUAAGAAAGUUGCUCUUGUCAGCCUCACCUCCCUCCCUCCCAGUAUUUAAUAAGGCUAUAACAAUUCUGCCUAAGGGGGGUUGUUGUAAAGAUGGCUGUGAAUUUUUAGAAAGCACUUCCGGAAAGUAUCCUAUAAAUAUGAUGUACUAUGCUCCUGACAGGUUCCUGCUUGAGAUGAGCAGUGCAAACAGAAACAUAAAAUCAUCCAGGCCUUAUGGAUUAUGGAUCUUUUGCCACCUGUCAGCAUUUCAUCUCCCUGCAUCCCAUUGAAUAGUGUGGAUCUAACCCUUUUCACUGCCUGGAGAUCCCUGUGGCAACAACAGCAAUGAGCUCUCCCCACUUUCACUUUUAUUGAAAAGAUAAAAACACAUAAGCUUCCAAACAGCUUUCUGUUCUUGUGAGAGGAGGAAAUAGUGAGAGGAGGAAAAGAAUAUAUGUUUGUGGUGGGAUAUAUACUUGUUGAGAUUCCACAGCUUUAAGCUUCAUUCCUUACUUGCUUUUCACACAUUUUCUUCAUGUUUUCCCUCCUCGCCUCCCUUCUCCUUUUCGCCCAGCAGAGAAAGUGGAAGCGCUGCCAGACCAGGUGGCCUCCGAGUCUCGCAACCGGAUACGGGUGCGGCAGGAUUUGGCUUCGCUGCCUGCUGAGCUCAUCAACCAGAUUGGGAACCGGUGCCACCCCAAGUUGUACGAUGAAGGGGACCCAGCUGAGAAGCUGGAACUUGUGACAGGUAAGAUAGGUGCCUCAGCUUGUUGGGGUCAAGUGGGGGGGGGCGGUGAGUGAGCAUGUAGGUUUCAAGCCAGUUGCAGUCAGGAGGAAAAAUCUGGCUGGCUUCCUAAAAUUAAUCCCAGUCUGAUGGAUUAGGGCCUUGUUGGCAGAACGAAGUGGCAGUUUCUCCCCCCCCCCCCACAAGAGCAAGGUGAUCCUGAUUAUUAGCCUACAAAAUACCAGAAGAUCCUUCAGGUUCAGGGGGGCUUCCUCUCUCAGAUUAAAAACAACAACUAGUAAAUCGGGUACCACAGCUCUCGUGGUUGCAGGUUGCAAGCAGGAGUCAAGAGGCUGGGGCUGCCUGAGUAGCACCCUGAAGUAAUGCAUGUGUAUGUUACAUAGAAAUUGACUGCUCAUGGCCUCAGAGUCUGAUUAGGCCUUGAGAUGAUCCUACCAGGGCAUCCCAGCUUCCAGCCCCUUGUACCUUUGUUCCGUGGCAUUCUCUGGUCAGUUAAAAGGAGCUGGCGGGGUCCUUGCCAUGCCCCGUUGCAUUAGACAAAGCAUACUCCGUGAGCACUGUUUCAAAUUAGCAGGAAAGACUUCAAACUCUUGAUCUAAAGACUAUUGGAAAGAAAGCCAGAAAAACAGGAAAUCAGUUUGUAAAUCUUGUUUAUGAGCUAAUCCAGCUUUUGGCUUUCCACUGCCCCACACUGCUGCAUCUCUUAUAGGCUGGAGCCCAGCACUGGGAUAGGAAGGAGAGAAACUGUGUUGGUACCCAAGCUAAGUAAGUCAUAUCCAGCACAUGCCACAUCCCGCUCAGAGCUAUCUUGGGGGAUUUGGUUCCUGCUGUUGGCCUUUCCUUUGCACGUGCCAAUGUACUUGCUCUGUCUGUACUGUGGGGAGUGAGUUGCUCAGUAGCCCAGCCUCUGCUGGGACCAGCAAGUCAAACUUUCCUUUCACACAGAAGUGAACUUCCUCUUUCUCAGGUAUUGGUUUGAAUCUGUCUUCCCAACAUCCCCAAUCCACCAAAGUUACUAGCCACAAGCACGUCCCCAAAAUGUCCGUAUAAAGCUGGCAAGAGCAUUAGAACUGGCCCUGCCUGGAUCAGGCCAAUGGCCCAUCCAGUCCAGCAUCCUGUUCUCACAGUCGCCAACCCGAUUCCUUUUGGAAGCCUGCUGAUGUUGUGUGCUCUCAAAAGCCACUUGUGCAGCUGUGUUUACAGGAUGGGACCAAACUCACCCAGGAGUUAAUGACUGUUAGCCAACUUUGUGCUUGCCAUAGUUCUGCACCAGCGGUUCUCAACCUGUGGGUCCCCAGAUGUUGUUGGACUACAACUCCCAUCAUCCUUGAGCUCUGGCCUUGCUAGCUAGGGGUGAUGGGAGCUGUAGUUCAACAACAUCUGGGGACCCACAGGUUGAGAAAGGCUGUUCUACACGGAGUUGGAAGCUGAGAAUGGCUGGAUGGAUCCCAUUAUAAUUGUUUCUUGUUGCUUCCAGAAAGCAUCUGGUAUUGCACACAAGUGAUUAGGUGGCUUAUGGGUCUGCACCCAAGUUGAAAGCUUGUUGUUUUCACAACAGGCCUUGUCUCUUUUCCCUGCCUAGGUACCAACGUGUACAUCACCCGGGCACAGCUGAUGAACUGUCAUGUCAGUGCUGGGACACGACACAAAGUGCUUCUCAGACGACUACUAGCAUCUUUCUUUGACCGGUGAGUGAGCCUCCCAGUGUGUAGGAAAGGGGGAAAGGCUCCGUUUUGCUCUGUUUCCAGCCCCUUUUUUUGCCACACCAUUUCUUUCUGCUUUUGAGGCAGGACUUCUGGGCUUGAGGAGUCCUGCCAGAGCAAGAGGCGAGGCAGGAGCUGGAACGGCUAGGAGUGGACAGUUAAAGGUGGGUGGGUGGAGAACAAUAAGAUGCUGCUGGUAAAGGAUUUAAAUGCUUUCUCUUUCACACCGCUUGCCAGGAACACCCUUGCCAACAGUUGUGGCACUGGAAUCCGCUCCUCCACCAACGACCCUAGCCGGAAACCCCUCGACAGCCGGGUGCUGCAUGCUGUGAAGUGUGAGUGUCUGCCUUAAUAGAUCCUUCUGCGGUGGGGAGGGAGCUUAGGAGUAUAUUAUUACUGCUUUCUUGAAGGGCACGAGGUGGGAAAUUUUAGCUGUGUGUCAUAUGGUCAAUAGGCAGAAUAUCCUAUUCCACCCUAUUGGAGCAUCCAGAUCCGUAAUGAUUCCAGCAGCGGAAGCAAAUGCAGAGCUGGAAGCGGGUCCUUUGUCUCACUCCAAGCUGUGGUUUUAAGAUUUACUGUGCUGUGAGUCACUGCAGGCUUCCACCAGCAUCUCGGGGGUCUUUGCUGGCUUGGGCAGGCGUUGGUGUUUGGGUUCCCGAGAGGCAAAGAGCUGUGAGGAUAUUGAUUCCCAGUUGCCGCUAUAGCGACCCUGAUCCGGGCUCACGCCCUUCUUCUCUUCCUCAGUUUAUUGCCAGAACUUUGCCCCCAACUUCAAGGAGAGCGAGAUGAAUGCAAUUGCUGCUGAUAUGUGCACGAACGCGCGGCGUGUUGUCCGCAAGAGCUGGAUCCCCAAACUGAAACUACUGAUGGCCGAGGGCGACACUUACACCACCUUCAUCAAUGACACUGGCAAGAUGGAGCCAGACAUCAUGGGGGUGGAGCACAGCUUCGAGACGGGCAGCCAUGACGGUGACGCAGGCACCUCCACCGAGGGCCUCCAGUAA